CACGCACAUGUAUCGAGUGUGUAAGCAUUCACAAUUCAGUUUAAGCAAGGUGAUCCAUGGGCAUGCGAAAACAAGUGCCUUGCUGCGACAAGGCUGGGCUGAACAAGGGCGCUUGGUCGUCGGAGGAGGACUUGAAGCUAGUUGCCUACAUAAACAAGCAUGGCCAUGGCAAUUGGCGCGCCCUCCCGAAACAAGCAGGUUUGCUUCGUUGCGGAAAGAGUUGCCGUCUACGAUGGAUCAACUACCUCCGCCCUGACGUCAAGCGGGGGAACUUCACUAAAGACGAAGAGGAAACCAUCAUCAAACUCCAACGAGAACUUGGAAACAAAUGGUCCAAGAUUGCAUCUUGCCUUUCGGGAAGAACCGACAACGAGAUCAAGAAUCACUGGAACACACAUCUAAAGAGGAGAUUAUUGCAUCACUUCGAAGAGUCUAAUAAAGCUCAUCGCGCAUCGAGAUCCAACAGUCAAGAUGGUAGCGGUGAAUCUAUGGAGCAUAAGAUGGACGGCGGAGAUCGGAAGGAGAUAGAUUCUACGGAUCUAGAGUCGUCGACGGUGUUAUCUUCGCCGAUGGAAUCUUCCAUGCUAUCUAGUGCAACUCACAAUGAAUUAGUGGACUCGGAAAUUAAUUGUAAGGAUGAGUUGGGGAUGUUGGAUGAGGUGGAAGAGUGGUUUACUUAUUUGGAGGAGAUACUUGAGAUUUAAAUAUUUGUAAAAUUAAUUAUAUAUACA